UGUGCUGUGAUCAUCACCGCGCGACGACAGCAUUGCUCAACGAAUAUCCCAGCUGUGCGGCGAGGGGGAACUGCACAUUGCCGCCGUCAGUGAACCUGUUCAACGCCGCUGACCUGUUGCGCCUGUUGCUUUUCUGAACUCAAUACUGCCGGGUCACCGGUUUGUUUAAAUGCUUCAUUUAAACGUUAGACGACAAACCAGACAAGUCACCAAAUGGACCGUGACUCGAGACUACAGACGGCUGUGGCCGCAUUGUGCUAUUGUUAGUGCGAUGAUUUGAAUGCGGUGCCAAAUGAACUUUACUGCCAUGGGAUGUUGUUCAUAAAUCUCCAGCUCCCGUGCACCUUUCCACAUUUUAUCAACUUGUCUCUGUAGACAUGUCCGUGAUAAACGGGCUUCACUUGCACAUGGCUUGUCUGCCACGUCUCGCAGCUGAUUGAGAGCAUUUGCGAUAGUUCGAAGCUUAUCUUAGCUCUUCUAUUGGUGCGUUCACCGAACCGAGCUAGACCGGCCGCAGGAGAUCGGUGCACUGACCACAGUACGCACACUACAAUGUGGCUAUUACGUUCUUGUGUUGCAGUACUGCUACUAGCGCAGUCAUCGACGUGCAUGCUCAAUUUUACUAGUCCAGAGACGAGGCUAACGCUUUAUGAACCUAUUAAUCUCACGUUUCUCUUUACUCAGAAAUUAAGUAACGCAGCCGUUGUACUUCACUCUAGUGAUCCAUCGGUGGUCCAGCUGAGUGAAGACGGAAUCGCAUUAUCUCUGGAAAGAGUCGCGCCGAGUGACAACUUUUCAACGCUUUUAACACCACUGAAGAUUGGUUAUGCCAACCUAUUAUGGCAAGUUGAAGACGGCAUCACGAAUGAGACCUUUAAAGGCAUUCACAAAAUGCGUGUCGUGCGGGAAUUGACCGCAUUUUCUAUGGGGUUUGGAGCUGUAAUUGGAGUUUUGGUGGCCUUGAACAACGUCAAUGUUGGAUGCCAGCUGGAUAUGCAUGUGGUGCUCUCACAAAUCAAGAGGCCGGUUGCUCCAGCCAUUGGCAUGUUUUGCCAAUUCAUCUUUAUGCCACUGAUUUCCUAUGGGAGUUCAACACUGCUUCUUCAGAAUCCAGUGACAAGACUUGGGCUUUUUACAAUCGGCUCAUGUCCUGGUGGAAUUUACAGCAACUUCUACACCCUGCUCUUUGAGGGAGACUUGGACCUCAGCGUUACCAUGACCUUUAUGAGCAGUGUAGGAGCACUCGCCCUGAUGCCACUGUGGAUGCACACACUGGGCCGCCAGAUAGCUGGCACUGCCACCCCAGCAGUGCCAUUCAGCAACCUGUUCGUGUCCUUGGUGGCGCUAACUCUGCCACUGGGGCUGGGCCUCCUCAUCCAAUACAAACGGCCAAAAUGGGCUCAAGUGGCAGAGAAAAUUGUGAAGCCAUUCUCUGUGGCCAUAUUACUUGUUGCACUAGUCAUAGGAACGUACAGCUACUGGUACAUAGUCACGCUGAUCACUCUCAUGGAGGUAGUUGCUGCAUCUGUGGUGGUAGUCACAGGGUUUUUGUUUGGUGCAACAAUGGCUUGGCUCUUUAGACUAACAAGUAAACAGAUUAUAGCUGUUUCCUUGGAAACUGCCAUUCAGAAUGGCCCACUAGCCAUUGUUGUCCUUACUUUUUCACUGCCAGAACCAAGCGGCGACCUUGCCGUGGUGCCAGUGGUAGUGCUGGUUACAUUAGCAAGUGCCAUACUGUUAACCGUUUUUGCAAUAUUGACACUGCGCCGCAAGUGUUCUUCCUAUGCAUAUACCUGCCAGGAUGACGUAAAGUCAGAAAUGCCUGUCAACUGAGGCUUAAUCAUGCAGGAAUGUAGUGCCAAGCUGUGCUGUACACAUACAGUCAUGUUCAAUGCAAGCUGCAACACGGUGUUUGUCGUCAAAGGAGCCCAAGACGGUAGCGCUGACAUACAAAGAGUUGCAGAACACCAUUCCAAUUGCUGGUAUUUAUUAAGUAAAUAUUAUGUCGGCACCACCGUGCAGUAUUGAGGCCCCUUUGACCACGGGCACCACAUUGGACUUAUACUAAACAUGACUGUACCAAUGCUCAAUUUCUGGUUGCUCACUUAUCUAUGGAAUUACCUGCACCCCACAUGCCAAGCAUGCAGAGCAUCAUAGGGACACUUUGGGGCAAAGCAUAUGCUCCAGGUGCCAAAACACUUUUUACCAUAUCGUAAUGAGAUGUUUUUUAAAUACUGUACGAUACAGUUUGUUCCCAUAGUCUCAACAUUUUUCUCUUUGAAUGCCAUAUGGAGAAUGAAGAAAAGAAGCCAAAGCACUAUGUAUGAUGUUGCUUUAUUUGUACCAUGUGCAUGUACCUGCAUAGAUGUAAAACAAAUGCAUUCAUUGUACAUGCAGUUGUAAGGAACAAACUAUAAUAAAAAUACAUUUCUUCGG